GCCUUCCACCUUGUUGACGGCGACACCGGCAUACAUACAUACAGUGUAUUAAGAAGAACUUACUGCACGCUUCCUAAGAAACUAACAUGCGAAUUGGCUACCGUUUUCUGUUUUUGGCAUCUCUAUGCCUUACGUCAGUUUUUGCAGACGAUGACAACAAUGACGAAGAGGAGCCCGACGUUGAAACUGGAGGAGAGAUAAAAGAGGAAGAUAAUGUUCUAGUAUUAACUACCAGUAAUUUUGAUGAAGUCAUCAACACAAGAGAAAAUGUUCUGGUAGAAUUUUACGCACCAUGGUGUGGACAUUGUAAAUCAUUGGCACCAGAAUAUGCAGAGGCUGCCAAGACAUUAAAAGACAAUGAUCCCCCAGUAACGUUAGGGAAAGUUGAUGCAACAGUAGAAGAAGAACUUGGUUCAAGAUUUGAAGUGAGUGGAUAUCCCACACUGAAAGUAUUUAAAAAUGGACAACCAUCUGAUUAUGAUGGACCUAGACAAAGUGCAGGUAUUAUAUCAUAUAUGAAAGAAAGAGCCGAUCCUAACUGGAAACCACCACCAGAAGCUGUAAUAACUUUAACAGAUGAUAAUUUUGAUGAUAUAGUCAACAAGGAGGAACUUAUUUUGGUGGAAUUUUAUGCACCUUGGUGUGGACAUUGUAAGCAGCUUGCCCCAGCCUAUGAAAAGGCAGCUCAACAAUUAAAACAUCACCAACCUCCUAUAAUUCUAGCGAAAGUAGAUGCUACACAGCAGAAUGAAUUAGCCAAGAGAUUUGAUGUGACUGGUUACCCUACACUCAAGAUUUUCCGAAAAGGCAGGCCAAAGAAUUAUGAUGGCGAAAGAGACCAACGAGGUAUUGUCAACUAUAUGAUAUCACAGGCUGGUGAGGCAGCAAAACCCGUUCCUAAUCAACAAGCUCUGAAUAACAUGAUUAAAGAUAGAGAUAUUAUUGUUGUUGGUUUCUUCGAUGAUGUUGAUGAUGCUAAUGCUCGUGUUUACAUGGAUGCUGCUAAUGAUCUAAGGGAUGAUUUUACCUUUGCGAUAUCAUAUGAUGAAGCAACAAGAAACGCCUAUAAAGUCAACCCUAGUUCUGUGAUCAUAUUAAAUCCAGAAAAAUUCUACACUAAAUAUGAACCGAAAUGGCAUGUUCUUCAUAAGAAAAAUUUGGCUGUGAAGGAUGUAGUGGAAUUUGUUCAGAAAUAUCAGGUUCCAUUAGUAGGACAAUAUCAACUGUCGAUGGAGAAACGAUAUUCUAAACUACGACCAUUGUGUUUAGUUUUUUAUACAGUUGACUGGUCACAUGAUCAUAGAGAAGCAACUCAAUUAUGGAGAAACAAAAUUGCCAAUAUUGCACAGGAUUAUCGUGAUAUAACAUUUGCUGUGGCCAACGAAGAAGAUUUUGACCAGUUGAUAAAACAGUUUGGUUUGGAGGAUUCACCUGAAGAAAUUAAUAUUGGUAUCAUUGGUAAAGAUAAUAAAAAAUAUAAAAUGGAACCCAUGGAAGAAUUUGACAGUGAUGAGAUAAAAGAAUUUUUAGAAAAAUUCAAAAAAGGCAAAUUGUCAUCAGAAAUUAGGUCCCAGCCGAUACCUAAGAAACAAUCAGGGCCUGUUAAAGUUGUGGUUGGUAAGAAUUUUGAGGAGGUCGUUUUGGACAAGACGAAGGAUGUGUUAAUUGAGUUUUACGCCCCAUGGUGCGGACAUUGUAAACAACUUGAUCCAAUUUACAAAAAACUUGCUAAACAAGUUAAGGAUCAGAAAAAUUUGGUCAUCGCUAAAAUAGACGCUACUGCAAAUGACAGUCCUGAUAACUUUAAAACAGAAGGAUUUCCUACAAUUUAUUUUGCGACAGCCAAGGACAAAGAAAAUCCUAUUAAAUUUGAAGGAAAACGUGAAAUUGAAGAUUUUGAGAAGUUUAUGCGUGAACAUGCCACAGUUAGUUUUGGAAAGAGUUCGAAGGAAGAGUUAUAAUAUUGAUUUUGAAAUAAUGUACAUCUUCAUAAUUUUACAUCAUUAUAUUUUAUCAUGUAUUUGUUUUGGGGUCUAAAGGGGUAGGCUGUACUGGGACUUUACUAUAGAGUUGAUAUUAUAUAUACCUGUUUAGUAUAUAUAUGUAGUAGCUGUGGGUAUAACAUUCGCUUCCACCUGUGGGUGAUAUUGCAGACAAGUCUAUAUAUGCUAUAGUGAGACUCGUAUAACCCUCGAGUCAUGUAGCAGUUGAGCACAAUAAUAAACACAAAACAAUUUAUAUGGAAAAACAAUCACUGGUUGAUACAUAUACUGCUUUGUGCUACAUGUAUACGUAUAUAUGGCUACUCGAUUGAACAUUCCGGAAUUGAAUUCUCUCUAUCCCCAAAAUAGUGACAAUCGUGUGAAAAGUGGUAUUUUUGGGCUGCAACGCAUGCACCGACUGAAUAAGUAAAUAUCUCAACCAACCAUGACAGCUGAAACAUAAUCGUUGUGUUUGAUUACGUCACAAUUCUACUCACACCACCUGUCCACUUCCAUUGUCGGGACUGGCGGAACUGUGACAGGACUGAAUUCUAGGUCACUAGUUUGCAAUUCUGUCUAUUCGGAACAUUCUGGACUGGCAAUCGAGUACCCCCUAUGUGUACAAGCCAGUGAUUGUUUUCCGAUUAAAUUGUGUUUUUUGUCAGUGAUCUUUAGAUAUUAUAGACUAUAGCACUGUGUACUUAAACCUGCUUUAUAGCGAAUCACACUAUAGUGACGUCCCAGUCUAUCCUACUGCUGGUAUUUGUUCACUUUUUAGGAUUCAGAAAACAUCUAAAUCCGAAAUUUUUCCCUUGUGCUUCUAAUAAUUUUGUGGCAUUAAUUUUUACAAACCUAAAUAGAUUUAUUGUUUUGUUUACAAAGCUACCUAGGUUUAUUGUUUUGUUUACAAACUUACAUAGGUUUAUUGUUUUGUUUACAAACUUACAUAGAAUUAUUGUUUUGUUAGUGCUUAGAUUAUCCCUCCUAAUUAUGAGCUUACCUGACACUGAAAGUUUUGAUAGAUUUGAAUUUUAUAAGUGAAAAUGAUAGUUUUUAUAAAACAAAAUUAUCUUCCACAAGCAAUGUUACUCUAUGAAAUUGGUAUUCAUGUAUUAUUCCAUUUAUCAUCCAUUUGUUUCGUUAUUUUGUUAUAAGGUCAUACUGUAUAAACAAAAAUAUUCAGGUUCAGAUAUCGUUAAAUCAGUUAUAAAGGGCUGCAUGUGACCUGUUUUUAUUUAGCCGUAGGAUCCUUUGGCAGAAGAGAUUCCGUGUAUACAUUGGCAUGCAUGUAAAAGAUCCCUUGGCAGUUGGAAUUCGAUAUAAAAGUAGGCCAUAGUGCCGCUGGCCGUUCAAAAUUUCCCUCAUAGCACACUGUAUGGCAUAUGCCUAUCUUCAUUAUCCCAGUAUGAGCAGAACAGUAGGACGUUAAAUCUCAUUUCAUUUCAUUACUUUGGCAGAAGGGAGCUUCUGUGGCUCAGUGGAUAGGGCGCUUGUUCACUAAAAUUACCAUUAUUCAGCUGAUAUCGAGCCAUGUCCGUCUGUUGAUACAUAUUAAUACAAAGUGGAUAGUUUUACUGAAAGAUUCCACAGUGACACUGUAAAGCUGAAACCAUUGAUUUAUGAAUCUAGGAUAUUUAGAAAUGAAAACAGUUGUCUUUAAAUCAUACCAGUGAUUAUUAUUAUAAACUAAUGGUUAGUAGUAUAGAAAGUGGUUAAAAAUUAUGCAGUAGUAAUUAAUUAUCAGGGAUGAUGUAAUUAGCUGUAAAAGAUGUAACUACUAAUGGUAAAGUCGACUAAUACUAAUAUCUAUCACUAUGAAAUACACAAACCUAAUCACUAGUUGUGUAUAUCAUUUAAUAUUCCUAGUCUUAAUAUCUUAGUGACAAUACACCUAUAUAAUGACUACAGUCUAAUUCUAAUACCCAUCACUAUGAAAUACACAAACCUACACUAGUGGUGUAUAUCACUUAAUAGUCAGGGUUUUAACAUCUUAUUGACAAUAACACCUACUUAAUGACUAUAAUACCCAUCACUAUGAAAUACACAAACCUACACUAGUGGUGUAUAUCACUUAAUAGUCAGGGUUUUAACAUCUUAUUGACAAUAACACCUACUUAAUGACUAUAAUACCCAUCACUAUGAAAUACACAAACCCAACUGAUAGUUGUGUAUAUCAUUCAAUAUAGUAAUGGUUUUAACACCUACUUAAUGAUUACUGUCUUAUUACUAACAAUUUUAACUUAUAAACAUUAUGUAUAUAAAAUGAUGACUUUGGUUCAUUUGUAGCAAUUAUUUUCAUUUAUUAAAGUUUAUUGUUCAUAAGUCAAACAUAUUAAUGUAAAGUAUUGUAAGUAAAUUUUAUGUUUAAUGUAAUUGUCUUAAAGUAAAAAACAAUAAUAUCACUGAUCCUAUAUAUUGUCAUAUACAACGAAAUAACAAAAUGUCAAACAUAGAAUUAUUUUGUCAUGAUUCAUAAGAUUUAUUGUGCACCACCUUGUAAGGUAAAAUAUUGAAUCCUGUUGUUGUACUGAUGAAUGUGUUCUGUAACCCAUGCAGUUAGCAUAAACAAAAACCCUUUAUACAAUCUAUCUAUAUAGACUAAUAUUUGUGAACUUGGUUUGUUUGUCUAUCUAAGUGGUUCUCAACCUUUUUUUGCCAACGGCACACAUUGGAACGCAUGAAAAAAUAGCGGCACACCUGGCUAAAUAUAUAUGAAUAUUCAAUUGGGAUUACGUUCAAAAUUUCGAGGCACACUUAGGAAGAUCUCGCGGCACACUGGUUGAGAAUCAAGGGUCUAUCUGUUCAGGGUUGGCGGCUAAACCAGAGCUGUCCCUCGACUUAAAUUUACUGUAUAGGUGUAGCUCGGAGUAGGGAGUAGCAUAGGCCUGGUGGCGACAGGCUAUCACUUCCGGUUUCUGAGUUACGCUACUUCCGGGCCAUAGUCUAUACCCGUGCUUCACCGGGUCAACCACCUUUGUGCCAGUUAUUAACUUCGUGCUCAAUAAUUUUACACUUUAGACCAAAACAAAUAAAUAUCUGUUGUUAGGGUUUUUAUAAAUAUAUAGCCUCUUGAAUCAUGUCCACAAUGUUUUGUUUAAAAAUUUGGAAUUUCUGAACAGCACAACCAGGUAUUUUUUUUUGUUUUUAAAUUUGUCUUUUUCCUGAAUAAAUCAGGUAUAACACAACCCAGUUCUAUAGAUAACAAUUAUUAUAUAACACACGACCUUUCAACAAGAUUUCACUGGUUGUUAUCAAGCAUACAAAUUACAAGAUUAUAAGAAAUCGGGUAUUUCCCCGAAGAACUGAAAAACAAUUGCUGUGAUGUUUCCCCCCAAGAACAGAAAAUCAAAAGGUGUGAUGUUUCUUUUCUGACACUAUUUAUUCAAUAAAUAUUUAGAUAUUAUAAAAGUAGGCUACACUAUAUAAAUGUGGGAUCUGAAAACAAGUCGAAGCUUAUAUAAAUUCAUCUCCCCUGAGUAUACAGGUCAUAAUUCUAUGGAAUACAAUUACUGCUUAUUACUGAGCAGUUUCGGCUAAGCUUCUCUAGUCAUUAUCAAGCAAUAAUAAAAUAUGACAACACUUAGUUAUUACUGACUAAGCAGGGAUACCCCUUAAUUACAUGUACCUAAAGGGAAUCUAAUUUAAUUAAGGAUUAUUAAGUAUAUGGCGAGGAUCUUCACGGCAGCAGGUUAGUUGACUGGUGAUUUGGUAAUUAGGCCCUUGGGUAUUAUACCGGCAUCCCUGCAUCGCAUUAAGAAAGUAAGAUUAUUACAUACAUGUACAUAUUUUCCUUCUGUUCUUCGUAUCUGAUGCACCCCCCCCCCCCCCAAAGAACAGAAAAUCAAUUGUUGUGGCCUAAGAGUAUUUCUGUUUUAUUAGAGAAUAGUCUCUUAUUUCACGACACCAAUCAUUCAUACAUUUCAUUACAUACAAAUUAAUUGUUUGUUAUAACUAUAGAUUGAUGGGCAUGAGGAUCUCUCAGCUGGACAUUUUCAUUAGUAAUUUUCGUAAUUCAUGUUGAAGUAAUUAUUCUGUUCAUUAUAAUCCUAGUAAUAGCAUAACAGUAGUUAUUUAGUUAGACAAUAGAAAUCAUUCAUCUAUAGUAUAAUUUACAGACCAAUUUAUGGCUGGUCAAGGCAUUAACUGUUUUUGUUUUGUUCAUUCAAGAGACAAGGUCCCGAGUUCACAAAGCAUUCUCAGACGUAAGUUAAGAAUUUACCAAUCUGGUUAAAACACAGAUCCUAUUUCGUUUCGUUUUUAUAGUUCAAAAUAUCGUUUUACUUGUCUUUACUACUGUAGGCCCACACUGAUCCGCAGUGAAUAUUCGCUUGGCCGCAACAAUCACUGAUAAGGAUGACAUCGAGGCGACUUAAUGACUUCAAAAUAUUAACUUUUUUCUUUCGACAAAUUAAAUUCUGAAACAUUUUUUUUUUAGUAUUAGAAAAAUAAGAAAGGUGUUUGAAGUAUAUCUUGAUAAAAAAUAUUUCAUAUUUAGCGUAAUAGGUACAGAAAAUAGUACGCGGAGGCGUAAAAUGGGUAAAACGAUAUAAUUCUGCCCGUACCAGUUCAUAUUACUACGUACGAUGUAAACAACGCACGUGUGACCAUCAAUUUGACGUUUUUUUUCUGUUUGUUUACUCUGAAUUCUUUCAGAAGUACAUUUUUUACCGUCUAAUCUGAUUGACCUGCUCGUGUUUGUUUUAAAACAACAAAAACAAGCCACAGAAGUAAUCUUUUUUUUGGCGUUAUCGACGCCAUCUUGCUUUGUUGGUAAACAUUGUGAUGUAACGUCACCCUUAGAACUAUAGCGGUCUGACCUUUUAAAGGUCAGUCAUCUUGGACAGAGAUAAAAGACGGAUGUCGCAUUAGGUCUGUAAAACAGAUUGCUGUAGGCCAUCGAAAGUAUAAAAAAAACGAAACGAAAUAUAGAUCUGUAUUAUAAUCAGAUUGAGAAUUUACUCAACUUUAAAUCACUGUUUAUGGGAUAUAUCAUUGAUCCAGAAGCACAAAACUUUGCACAUAGUUUCUUAUUGAUAUAUUUGAUACAUUAAAACAACAACAAAAUUAUAAACGGCUAUGUUUUAGUUAACGUAUGGCGAAGAAUUUUGAGUAAAUUCUCAACUUAAGUCUGAGAAUGCUUUUGUGAACUCGAGACCUGUUUCCAACAGAAAUAUUGAUUUGGGAAUGUUAACUCCAAUAUUUAUUUUGAUUUAUCUGAAUGAAAAUGUUGUUAUAUUUUAGAUAUUACCAUAGAAGUAUUUUGGUCGAAAUGUUAUAAGAAUUGUUACAGCUGAUCCAUUUUGAAUGGAAAUUUAUUUUUUAGAUUUGGCAAAAUGUCUCUUUAAUCAUAUGUUAAAGCUUAAGUGUUGUUAAAGGGGACCAGUGUUCAACUUUCAUUAAACAGUUAAAGAGAACUGAAA